UUAUUAUGGCGCAAUGCAUUGUGGGGUUUCAAAAUGGAGCCCUUGCUGCCGGAGUCAACCGCCAUGUCCUGUGUUAUGUAGCCGUCGACCGCUGUUAAUUAACAGGCGGAGUAGCCAUUUAAAUUUGACACGUAAUACAACAAUGGGGAGUUUGUGUUUCGCCAGGGGAGCGUUCACGUCCGCCACAAAACACACGGGUCGAUAUUUGUGCGUACCGUUUCUCUUCGGUGUUUCAGCUCCAGCAGGUGUCCUUGUUAGAAGGUACAGCCAGGACACUGCCCGGAGAGAUGUCCCCGUUCAGUGUGUGUGCUAUCACCUACCUCACAGGACUUUACUUAAAAUCCAGGGACAAGACACGAGCCCGUUCCUUCAGGGGAUCAUAACCAAUGACAUGGGGCUGCUGGAGGAGCCUGGACUCACAGUUAUGUACUCGCACAUGCUAAAUGUACAAGGAAGAACACUAUAUGACAUCAUAUUGUACAGUCUGAAAGAAGCAGAUGCAGGACAGGGUGUUUUCCUGGAGUGUGACAGCACGAUUAAGGACUCAAUCUUGAGACAUUUGAAGAUGUACAAGCUCCGCAGAAAGGUCAACAUGAACCCCUGUCCAGAGCUCUCUGUUUGGGCGGUGCUUUCCAAACCACAGAACGCAGGUCAAGAGGCCAGUACACCUGAGCUCUCCUCCCCAGACAAAGCUCUGGUUUGGGACACCGAUCCUCGAACUCAGGAGAUGGGCUGGAGAUUGGUGUUGGACAGUCGAGUUGACCCCUUGGAUGUCAUUGCGUCAUGUCAGAAAGGUGACACAGAAGAGUAUCACAGACAUCGCUACACAAUAGGGCUUCCUGAGGGAGUAAGGGACCUUCCUCCUGGGCUGGCACUACCGCUAGAGUCAAAUCUUGUCUACAUGGAGGGUAUCAGCUUCAGCAAGGGCUGUUACAUUGGCCAGGAGCUCACAGCCAGGACUCAUCACACUGGGGUGGUUCGGAAACGCCUGAUGCCAGUACGCUUGUCAGCCCCGGUCCAAGCCCUCGAGGAAGGAGCUACGCUGCAAACGCAGACAGGCAAGCCAGCUGGGAAGCACCGAGCAGGGGUCGGAGAGCUGGGCCUGAGCCUAAUCCGCUUGGCUCAUGCCAAAGAAGCGUUGACACUCAAAUCUUCCGAUGACACCACAGUGACACUCGAGGCUUCUGUGCCAGACUGGUGGCCUAAAGACGUGAAUAUUAACUGAAGAGAAGGAUGUUUUAUUGUUCCCUCAAAUGUGACGCACAUCCCAUCUGACAGACUUCUUACAGACAGAACCCUGAAGUACAGUAUGUUACACUGUCAUUGCUUCACAGCUGUGUGGCACUAAUCCAUUUUUGUGAGGAUUUUUGUUUUGUUUGCAAUAAAAUCUACUCUUUGGGGUGAUUUUAUAAUAAUCACCCCAAUAUAAUAAUUAUUUAGCAGAUCUAUUUUCAGCACGAUACAGGAUAUACCAACAGUGGUAUGGUAUUGGUGGUUGCUGAAUAAACAUACAAAAAAGCAA